AUGGCAUUCCCAUUGGCAGUGGUUUUAUUAGCGUUAAUCGGGUCGGCAGUGUGUCGGCCGCAGUUGGCACCGACCACAUGUGUGGACAACGGCCAGUGUAAGCAAAUAGAUCCGACACAACUCAACGUACAUCUGGUUCCGCACACUCACGAUGACGUCGGUUGGCUUAAGACUGUUGACCAGUACUUCUACGGCACUAGGAAUGGUGACCAGAGGGCGGGCGUCCAGUAUAUAAUAGACUCAGUAGUGGAGCAGUUGCUAAAGAACGAGACCCGAAAGUUCAUCUAUGUUGAGACGGCAUUCUUCUGGAAGUGGUGGCAAUUGCAGACACCUGAACAUCAAGAGAGGGUCAAGAAGUUGGUUAACGAUGGUCAAUUGGAGUUCAUAAACGGCGGGUGGUGUAUGAAUGAUGAGGCGGCCGCUCAUUACCAGUCCAUUGUAGACCAGAUGACUUGGGGUCACCGACGCCUUCAGGACACGUUCGGUGAGUGCGGUAUCCCUCGCAUCGGGUGGCAGAUCGACCCCUUCGGCCACAGCCGAGAACAGGCCUCACUCUUCGCUCAGAUGGCGUUCGACGCCGUCUUCUUCUACCGAAUCGAUUACGAAGACCACAACAUUAGAGUGAAGGAGAAGAGGAUGGAGUUGUUAUGGCAGGGAACCGAUGACUUGGGAAAGGCUUCAGAUAUAUUCACUCACAUUAUGGAAAUGGGUUACGGUCCGCCCCCGGGUUUCAGUUGGGAAACAGCCCGAGACAACCCAUCCGAUGACGCAAUCAUCGACGAUCCCGAGUCCGAAGACUAUAAUGUGGACAAAAUUGUGGACAAGUUUAUCACUUAUGCCAAACAGUACUCCAACUAUUACGCCACGAAUAAUGUAUUGUUUCCAAUGGGAACCGACUUCUGCUAUGAAGACGCAAACGCGUGGUUCAAAAAUAUGGAUAAACUUAUCAAAUAUGUGAACGCGAAGAAAGUCAACGGAUCUAAUGUUAAUGUUUUCUACUCGACUCCAACCUGUUAUCUAAAUGGUAUACAUCAGGCAAACCAUACCUUUACCACAAAGUCGGACGACUUCUUCCCCUAUGCAUCGUAUUAUCACUCCUAUUGGACGGGAUAUUUCACGAGUCGACCGGCGCUCAAACGCUAUGAAAAGGUGGGCAAUAAUGCUCUUCAAGUGUGCAAACAAUUGGAUGUUUUGAGUCUCGGGAACGGCAAAAAUGAGGACAAAAUAACGCCAUUAAGGGAAUGGUUGGGAGUUAUGCAACAUCACGACGCUAUCGCUGGUACUGAGAAACAACACGUUUCCGAUAAUUAUGCUCUAAAACUGUAUAAGACUAUAGAGAAGUGUCAAUCAGUAGUCGAUGAGUCUCUGAAUAUAUUGAUUGGCGAUAAAAAUUUGAAUCAAUUGUUUUGUAAUCAACUGAAUGUCAGCGCCUGUGCUGUCACUGAAGGCACCGACAAUAUAGCGGUCACUCUAUAUAACGCAUUCGGACAUAAUAUCAAUCGUGUGGUAAGACUUCCCGUCACAUCCAAGGCUUACAAAGUGUUUGACCCGAAGGGAAAUGCUGUCAAAUCAGAUAUCGUUGCAAUUCCUGAAUCAGUUCUCAGUCUUAAGGAAAGAAAGAGUAAAGCAAAGGAUGAGUUGGUAUUUGAAGCUCAGGUGCCGGCACUCGGAUUCUCUACUUAUUUGUUGAAAGCAAACAGCGUUCAGAAGUCCAUAAAUGAAGCGAAAAUCACGAAAAUAUCGGACGCUUUUACUAUAAAAUCCAAGUCUUUAAACAUACGUUUCGACAAAACGGGAGCUUUGAAUUCAAUUGAGUUGAAGAACGGGAAAGUUGUUGAUUUUAAACAAAACUUUGAGUUUUAUAAAGCAAAGGACAAUAACGAUGAUUUUCAUCAGCCAUCGGGUGCUUAUGUCUUCAGAUCAGAUGGCGAUUCGCCUCAACUCUACAAUACAACUACACUUCAGGCAGAUUUGGUCGAGACAUCGGAUGUGAAAGAAGUUCGUCAAAAAGUCAGUGAAUAUGUCUCACAAGUGAUAAGGAUUUUGCCAAACAAUGAUAUGAUUGAGUUUGACUUUGUUGUCGGACCCAUUCCUGUGGACGACAAGAUCGGGAAAGAGAUUAUUUCCCGAUGGGAGACAAACCUCACCACAAAUGGACUCUUCUAUACCGACGCUAACGGACGACAACUUCUGGAGCGAAAGCGAGACUUUAGGCCCACUUGGAAACUAACGGUCUAUGAGGAAAUCGCUGGAAACUAUUAUCCCGUCAACAGUCGGAUUGCUAUUAGAGACGAAAAACAAGACAUUCAAAUGACUGUUUUGAACGAUAGGUCACAGGGAGGCAGUAGUAUUAAAGACGGAUCCGUUGAGCUUAUGGUUCACCGAAGAGAUCUCUAUGACGACCACUUUGGUGUUGCCGAAGCACUUAAUGAGCCGGGAGUUGAUGGUAAGGGUCUACAGAUUAGAGGAAAGUUUUGGGUACUCUUCACAAGUAUAGCAGAAGCGGCGGAAGCGCACAGAGAGAUGGCGUAUGAUAUUCUUCUGGAGCCUUCACUUACUUUUGCUAAAAUCAGCGGAUCUGUUGAAGAAUAUGUGAAGAGUCAUAAAACUCAAUACUCGGGUCUAACGAAAGAAUUGCCAAAAAAUGUUCACUUAUUAACGUUAGAGCAAUGGAAGGGUUCGUCAUAUUUGAUACGUUUAGAGCACUUCUAUCAACAAAAAGAGUCGCAAAGUCUGUUUUCGAGUCAAACGCCGAUAAGAAUCGUUUCGAACCGAAAAGAGUUGAGUUAA